AAAAGACAAUAAGCGAACAUGUCAAAGGUAUUGGAUGAGGAAUUGAAGCAAGCUUUUUCAAAACUGCACGAAAAGAUGGUGGAUACCAAGCAAAAGUUAAAGUUGGCUGAUAUUCAAAUUGAUAAGCUACGACGUACAAAACAGCGAGCAGAACUCACUUCAAAAGAGAUUAACUGUUUUCCGGAAGACACAAGGAUAUACGAGUCUGUCGGUCGAAUGUUUCUCCUAGAUUAUGUGAACAACAUUAAAAGCAAUCUGAGUAACAGGAUGAAAACAUCUGAUGAAAAGAUCAAGACAUUAGAAAAUAAUAAGAUAUACUUGCAACGAAGUUUAAAGGAAAGCGAAAAUGAAAUCAGAGAAAUGAUUCAACAAAAGCAGAGUAAAGAGUCGUCUAGUUAAAAUAUCUUUAUAAAUCAUUAAGUGAAUGCUUCAGCUUUUCUUGGUCACUCUUUAAAAUUUUUAAAUUAUUAUUUGGAAUAUGUGUCUAUAACUAUAUAGUUAGCCUAUAACUAUAUAGCCUAUAACUAUAUAGUUACGAAAAUCUUGUUUGUCAAUUUCAACUUGUGCUUUGCAUACAUUAACAUUUUGAUAUUUUUUUGUGCAAUAUAUUUGGAAUAAAACUCAUUAACUCAAGAGAAAAGGAAAGAGAACUGAAUAAUUUAUGUGAAUUAAAUCCACAAUGUAAAUCAUAAAAUUAUACACAAAUUAUAGAACAUACUUUUGUAAGAAAUAACAUUAUAUAUGCAUGUCAAUAACAAUUUUAAUUAAAUAAACAUUCUGAUUUUAUAACUUAA